UACAUAUAAUUCCUUCUGAACCCCACCUGCAUCAGAGUGCGCCCCAGACAUGAAGUGUGUGGAUGCAAGAAGAGCUGCCAUCCGAGAUGUGCCCCGUACCCUACGGCCAUGGGAAGCUCAUGUAUGCCGUCAAGGUAACGCCACUUUAUUACAUAUAAUUCCUUCUGAACCCCACCUGCAUCAGAGUGUGCCCCAGACAUGAGGUGCUCGCGCGGAUGCAAGGCGAGCUGCCACCCAAGAUGUGCCCCGUACCCUACGGCCAUGGGAAGCUCAUGUAUGCCGUCAAGGCUGGUCUCCUGGCCGGCGCGGUUUACUUCACGUACACGCAAGGAGUGUGGGGCGACCAGCGCGACGUCAACGAGGCCAUCGCGCGCUGGCAGGAGUACAUACGCAGCAUGAACACACGCCGCCCGCCGAUAUUCGACAAGUGCGGCCAUGUUAUCAAAAAAGACAACCCAGAAAGUGUCAUCGCGCCAGCAUAUGCUUUGUACAAACACUUUGUCACGUUGUGUUUUUCAGGUAUUGUGAAGCUCCCUCAGAUCCUCAAAUGCCAGUAUUUGGAUUAUCUUAAAGCCAUUGAGAAGAAGAAACUGGACGAAAUACGUGAAAGAAAACUUAGGAAACAAGGUUGAAGAUUUUCGAGUUCAAACUUUUUUUGUAGGUGUAUUUUUUUACAAAAACAAUAGGUUACCUCAGUUACCUGGGUCUUAAAGGAGCAACCUAUGCUUUGGCGCCCUUUAUUCUAGACAUUUUUAACUGUAAAAAAGUAAACCUAGGAACCGACGAUUUGUGUUAAAAAUCGCUUUUGUACAUAGUCUUAGUUAUUGUUACAUUUCAAGUUGUAUGGUGUAAAGAAUUAAAAUAUAAAAUACGAAAAAAAAAUUGACGCUGCAAAGGUGCUCUUUAAAUAUUGUGAUUUUUU